AUGAAGGCAUGGAUGAUAAUGUUGUUGGUGGUUUGUGUUGCUGUGAUAAUAGAGCAAUCAGAGGCUAACAAAGGCAGAAAGUAUUUGAAUCCAGGAGUGCUUAGCCCGUGCCAUGGUCCUAAUCCUCCCGCAGGAUGUCAUCCUCACCAUUCCCAGAACAAACCCCGUGCCCCUGUUCACAAUUAUCGUCGUGGUUGCACUAGAAUUAACCGGUGCAAACGAGAUUAAACCUCACAUAUAUGAUGAUGUCCCUUUACAUUGAUCCUUCUUCU